ACACUAGCAAAGCUUGGGUGGUUGUCUUUGUAAAAUGUCGGCGGAGGAGGACACGGAGCUGCGGGACUUGCUGGUGCAAACCCUGGAGAACAGCGGCGUCCUCAACAAGAUCAAGGCUGAAAUACGGGCAGCUGUAUUCUUGGCACUUGAAGAACAGGAGAGAGUAGAGAACAAAACACCAUUGGUUAAUGAGAGCUUGAAGAAAUUUCUGAACACUGAGGACGGGCGUUUGGUGGCUGGUCUUGUUGCUGAAUUUCUCCAAUUUUUCAAUCUGGACUUCACUUUGGCAGUAUUCCGACCAGAAACAAACACUUUCACUGGACUGGAUGGACGAGAUAAUCUUGCAAGGGAACUAGGGAUUCAUGAAAGAGAAGAAUUGAAGGGAGUACCAUUAUUAUUGGAGGUGAUAAGAAACGGUCAACAAAAGGAAAAAGGCACUUGCCCCUCUGACGGUGACCUGCUUAAUUGUAUUCCUAAGGAUUUGUCAGCAAAACUUAUAACAGAAGCCAAGAGAAAGUUUGAAUUUUAUGAUAGAGACAAAAAUGGUGGGAUAAAUAAAGAAGAAUUGAAGGAUCUAUUCAUAGACCUCUUUCCUCACUUUCACAAGAAUAUGCUGGACAGAUAUGUAAAUGAUGAAUUUAAAGCUUUUAAUAAUGGCAUACCCAGAUCUGAGGGGGGAAAAAAGCAGCCAGGACCCUUCUAAACCUCUGACUCUGGAAUUCUAUAACUGGCUGUUCUGAUUUCUAAAACCAGUUCUCUGCCCUUGAGAGACUUUCAAAAAUGCAUGCUUGGAACAAAAAAAAAUGCCAAUGAACCUAAACAAUCUUCCAAGCAAUCAUUUACAUUAGAGAUUCUGAAGUGAACAGUCUUGUGCAUUCAUUUGAAGAGUACACUCAAAUUUUUCCCAAAUUCUAUCAUAAUAAAGUAAAAUCAUAGAAAAAGCAGUCAAAAGGUUUUAUUAACAGUUAUAUUUUGGUCAGUUUACAACAUGGCAUUAUCUCAGCAGACAGAAUAUGUGGUAUCCAUAGAGAAGUGGUGGUUAAUCAUCAAAAAUAUUCAUUUGCCUGUGGAAAUGCCAAAAUAACCAAUUUUAUAUACCUUAUCUAUGUCUGGUGUUCAGCAUCAAAAUCUACCGAGCAGUUUCUUGAACAGAAUUUUUGGUUUAUUUUUAAAAUGAAUUUUAUUCAGUAAAGAUACAAUAAUUGGUUUAUACACAGUCAUAUACAAUAAUGUGGAAGUGUAAAUGUUUAAUCCUCUGAAUAUCUGAAAAAGAAAAUACUUGGGUUAUACUUGGAGGCAAAAGAAUAAAGUUUAAAUAUUUUGGAGUUUCUUGCUCUGAUGUUCUUGCUGGUGUGGUCAAAUCACUAAUCUCGCAUGUUUGGCUCUAAUGUCUUGCUGACACUGUUUCCUCAGCAAGUACAGUCUCGAGAUAUGGUUCGAGCCGCAACAUCAAAAGAGCAAAUUGGUUUCACCCUGAACUCAAUAAGCGGGUUUUCUUUUUGGAACUGCAAGAGAGAUCAAGAAAGCAGCUUGUUUUUAGCAAACUUCCUGUAUCUCAGCUUGUUCUUAGCAGGCUUCCCUCUUGCUGAACCAGAUAAUACAGGCACUUCUCUAAGCCAGACACUGUUCACAACAGCCUCAGCUGGAGUCUGCAGCAAAGUAAAUAGUUAUCAUUAGUUAUAUGAUUUACAGGAUUCCUUACUUAAAAACUCCCAUGUCUACAGUGAUCUUUAAUUGACCUUGUUUAAAGAAACCACUUCAAGUAUAUUUAAAAAACUUGAAACAAAUCAAUUUUCCACAAUCUUUCAAAAGUUUGCCCACCAGACAAUGUAAGUGUAUAGCAUCUUCACAGCAAGUCUUAAAAUGGUCAAAGGAAUGUUCAGCGAAGCUGGAGCAAAGAAAACCUCAGUUCACUCUGGUACAUAAGAAUUAGGAGCAGUUGUAGGCAAUUCAGCUCCUCAAACCUGCUCUGCCACCUAAUACAAUCAUGGUUGAUCUCAUCUUGGCCUCAACUCCGCUUCCUUGCCCACUGCCCAUGACUAAUUAAAAAUCUGACCAUCUCCUCCUUAAAUUUAUUCAGUAUCCUGGCAUCCACCACACCCUGGGGUAGGAAAUUCUGCAGAUUCACGACCCUUUGAUAGAAGUAGUUCCUCCUCGUGACUCUUUUAAAUCUGCUAUCCUUUAGCUUAAAACUAUGACCUUUCAUACUGGAGUGCCCCACAAGGGGAGAUAUCUGCUCUAUGUCCGCUUUGUCAAUCCCACACACUUAUCCAUGUUAAACUUCAUCUGUCACAUUGAAUCAUUUACUUAUCCUAUCCAUUCCAAUUGUAAAUUUCUUAUUUCUUCAUUGAAGCUUAUUUUACUCUGAUUUUAGUAUCUUCUGAAAAUUUGGCUACAGUAUAUUUUAUUCUCAUAUCCAUGUCAUUGAUAUAGAUUGACAAUAGUUAUGGAGUCAUAAAGUUAUACAGAACAGAAACAGACCCUUUUGUCCAAAUUGUGUGUGCUGACUGUACCCUAAACUGAUCUAGUCCCAUUUGGCCCAUAUUCCUCCAAACCCUUCUUUUUCAUGUACCCAUCCAGAUAACUUUUAAAUGUUGUAAUUAUACCCACCUCCACCACUGCCUCUGGCAGCCCAUUCCAUAUAUCCAUCAUCAUCAGUGUCAAAAAGUUGCCUCUGACGUCCCUUUUAAAUCUUUCCCCUCUCACCUUAAACCUGUGCCCUCUGGUUUUGGACUCCCUAUCCUGGGAAAAUGACCAUGACCAUUCCCCCUUUCCCUGCACCUCAUGAUCGUAUAAACCUGUACAAGGUCACCCCUCUGAUGUUGCAGGGAAAGAAGCCCCAGCCUAUUAAGCCUCUCCCUGUUGUUCAAACCCUCCA